AUGGCGGCUCGCUCGCGGCGGCAUCGCUCGCGCUUUGCAAAGCCGCGGGAGAGUGACUUUUGUGAUGGCACUGAGACAACUGACGAAACUUCUUUUACGACUUCCAUGGAGUGGGACACACAGGUGGUGAAGGGGUCUUCGCCGCUCGGUCCCUCAGGAAUGGGAACGGAGGAGCCGUCGCCCGGCCCACGGCUACCAUCGUGGCUGCAGCCCAAGAGGUGCGCCGUGUUCCAGUGCGCGCAAUGCCACGCCGUUCUCGCUGACUCGGUGCAUCUCGCCUGGGACCUUUCGCGGUCCCUCGGGGCCGUAGUCUUCUCCAGGGUUACAAAUAACGUGAUUUUGGAAGAGCCUUUCCUAGUUGGCAUUGAAGGCACACUCAAAGGCAGCACUUACAACCUUUUAUUCUGUAGUUCCUGUGAGAUUCCCAUUGGUUUCCAUCUGUAUUCUACCCAUGCUGCCCUGGCUGCCUUGAGAGGUCACUUCUGUCUUUCCAGUGAUAAAAUGGUGUGCUAUCUCUUAGAAACAAAAGCCAUCAUAAAUGCAUCUGAGGUGGAUAUUCACAACAUGCCUCUACCAGAAAAGGUUGCAGAGCUGAAAGAGAAGAUAAUGUUAAUGCACAGUCACUUAAAUUCACUGAUGGAGAUGCUGAAGGAAGUGGGUCCUGACCAGACCAAGCCAAAGAACUAA